CCCUUAUCAUCAAUCGGAUGCAUACUGUUGUCGGACCUAAAGCUGUGGCCGCGUGCGGUCACGAUCUAAGCGAAGCCGGUCUGCUAGGCCUGGAGUGCAGAGGUUUCAUCGUGGUACUCGUUUAUGCAAUUCCUGAUGAAGCGAGCUCUUUGCCACAAGAUCGCAGCGAUUCCAUGCUGUGGUAGGACCGAGCGCCGGAUUUUCUCUACGCCAUGGAUGCCAGCGACUUGGCCGGGUUCAGCAGCUAACGGAGCCCGAAAAAAUCCAUCUCGUCUUCUUUGGAAGCCUGCCACUGUCACCGCCAAGGCCACACCGACACCUUCCUCCACGUCCAUGGAGCCCGCCGCGGACGAGGUGGCCUUCGAGUCCCCGGCGCACUUCCGCAUCUACAAGAGCGGCAGGAUCGAGCGCCUCAACCGGCCUCUGGCCCUCCCCGCCGGCCUCGACGAGGCCACCGGCGUCACCUCCAAGGACGUCGUCCUGGACGCCGGGACCGGCCUCUCAGCGCGCCUCUACCUCCCGAAGCUCCAGGCGGAGCCGUCCAAGAAGCUCCCUGUCCUCGUCUACUUCCACGGCGGCGCGUUCCUGAUCGAGUCGGCCGUCUCCGCCACGUACCACACCUACGUCAACCCCCUCGCGGCGGCGGCGGGCGUCCUCGCGGUGUCCGUGAGCUACCGCCUGGUGCCGGAGCACCCGCUCCCGGCGGCCUACGAGGACUCCUGGGCCGCGCUCCAGUGGGCGGCGUCGGCGGAGGACGAGUGGAUCGCCGAGCACGGCGACGUGGCGCGCCUCUUCCUCGCGGGCGACAGCGCCGGCGCCAACAUCGUGCACGACAUGCUGCUGAGGGCGUCUGGCGACGGCGGCGGGCCGCGCAUCGAGGGCGCCGUCAUGCUCCACCCGUGGUUCGGCGGGAACGCGCCCAUCGAGGGGGAGCCCGAGGGCUCUUCGGCGGCCACCGCUGGGCUCUGGACGUACGCGUGCCCGGGCGCGGUCGGCGGCGCCGACGACCCGAGGAUGAACCCGCUGGCGCCCGGCGCGCCGCCGCUGGAGAAGCUCGGGUGCGCGAGGAUGCUGGUGUGCGCCGGGAAGAAGGACGCGCUCUACCUGCGGGACCGCGCGUACUACGAAGCCGUGGCGGCCAGCGCGUGGCCCGGGGACGUGGCGUGGCUCGAGUCCGAGGGGGAGGAUCACGACUUCUUCCUUGGGAAGCCCGAGUGCGAGAACGCCAAGAAGCUCAUGGACCGCGUCGGGGCCUUCAUAGCCGGAGCCUGAUUUGCUCUACCUGCGCGCUCGAAGCAUGAUUCGAGGUUCGAGCCGCCAUGGAACUUAUUGUGCUAGUUUUCUGAUGAUUGAAUAAAUCGGUCUUGGUCCGGAUAUAUGAUUGUUUUUCUAGAGGCACUCCGUAGUAUUGAACUGCUUGUUGAAACUGAAACUUUUAAGCAAAUGGAAACAAUUUCUACUCAUUA